UUGGCCAUCAACAAUAUUCAUUCACGUUUUUGCAAGGGAGCAAUGUUUGCUUCUUUUCCGGUGUCGCAGAAUGUCUUGGUGUGACAUAGAGCUUCAUACGGGUGGCGAGGAUACCGGGACGUCUGCGUUUGGAGUGGCCAGCAAGGGCCAAAGUGGCUACCAAGUCGAGAAAUUGGCUACCAUCGUUGCAGGUGGAAAGGUAUCUCAACAGCCAGUUAUCUCGUCAUGUUCAACGAAAGACUGUGUAUGCUUUGCCAUCGAUUCGAAUGUCUAUGUAAUCGACCACACACGUCGCGAUGAAAUCUUUGACCUUUCACUCAGCGAAACGGUGGAUUGUGUUGCACUGAGCCAGAACUCGGGAUUUCUUGCAGUCGGAGACCGGAAAGGACAGUUGCAUUUUAUUGACGUUGCACUUCGAAAGCGAAUUUUCUCUGAGGUUCUUGUUUCCGCUGAGAAUGUUACCGGUCAGCGGUGCUUCCACUCGGCUACGUUCUGGUCUACGUCGUCAGAACCAGGGCAUAGCUUGGUGGUGGCCACAGCAGCCGGCAUGGUGUACUACUUUAGCCGUAUGGCAUUGGAAGAAUUGCAUGAUGGAAUGGUGGAUGGCGAUUUUGUAACUGCUCAAGAGAUUCGAAAGAACAUCGUUACAAAGGUCUUCAAGGUUGCUGAACUUCAUGGCGAUUGGAUUGGUGAAGUUCUGCCUAUUCAGAGGUCUGGCAUGCCAGCAUUUCUUGUGACUGGAAAGGGUCGUUGCAGUCUCAGCGUCUGGGGGACUGCUCUGCCCAUUUCAUCUCAGACCGAAACAAGUACGGACAUUGUAUUGCUGGAUGCGAUCAGUCGUCCGUUGGCAUCAGUAGGUGGAGUCAAACGUGCACAGCUGACACAGGAUGGCGGCUAUCUCAUCCUUCUCUCAGAGAGCGGGAAGCUCAGCGUCUGGGAUCCGAAGAGCUUUGUGUUUGUGUCCAACCUGUCACUCGAUGAUAAUAAGCAAGUGCUGGACUUUCGCCUGGCAAACAGUGUUGGAAAGAUGUGGCGAAAGGCUAAUAAGAACUCCUUGGGGAAUGACGAGCCGCAAUUGGUACUCCUGACUCAGUCUGGCUCCAAGCACUUCUUGGAGGUCCGCUCCUUCCCAUCCUUCCAAGCAAUGUACUGCAAAGCAGUGACGCGCUCCGCUCAUCUCUCUAUGCCUGUCAAUGCCCUGGAGCGGCUGUUCGUGUUGAAUGAUCUGGAUGAGUUUGUUUCUCUGCCGGGAUGUUCAACGGCCAUCCCAAGCCGACUCUGCAUCCAUUGCUUUUCCGAGGCCAUUCCAGAGAAGAGGCUAGCACUUCUACUGCGCAAGGGCAAGUUUGACGAAGCACUUUUAUACGCUGAACAGUUUGGUCUCGAUGUCCAGGUUGUCAGCGAAGCACGCUGCUCGUGGCUUCUGCAGUCACCUGGUUGGGAUGUUGAAUCUCAUCAGAAGGAGUUGCUUGACAAGCUGGUGGCAGCAUUUGAUUCUGUCCUGGACACCAAUUUCGUGCUCCAGUGCUGCCUGGAUGAUCCUCCGGCCUGCCAGAUGGCGACCGCUGCCAUGUUGAAGUAUGCGGAUAAGCGGCUGACAACACGGCUGUCAAAUCGUCCUGGACCAGAUGAACAGGCUGCUCUCAUUGCACUCAAACAAGAGCUUGAAACUGCUAUCAUCCGCUUCGGCACAUAUCAGCUUGCGUUUGGUGCUGUAUCGUUCAGCCCAUCUCACUGGCAGUCCUUCCGAGCAUCUUCAAUCAUACCUGAGAUUUACCAAUGUCUGGUCAGCAAGAACCUGGCUGCUGCAACCGUCAUGUGGAGAAGACAUAAGACGGAGGUGCAUGGAAGUGUAACUGUUGACAGUCUUCAACGACUUCUCUCGGCUGUGCCUGAUAGUCUGCCAUCCAAGAAGUUGGUUGGCUGGCUUAGAGAUGCACUGCUUCCGUCCUUUGUUGAAGUGCUGUUCCCAAAUGCCGAAGCAGAGAACAUGUUGAGCAGCUGGGUGAAAGAGCGUGCUCUUCGUCUGGAGCUCACAGAGAAGGCCCACUGGCCUGGUAAUGCGUUGAGCAUGGUGACAACAGUGGCAACAGCACUGCAUUCGCCGCACAGUCGACCGUUUGGCAGCAGCAGCACCACCACCAGCAGCACUAGCAGAGGCAUUGCUAGCCACAGUCCUGCCACUGGCGUCAGCGGCAUGCGCACACCGGCUCGGUUUGUCACGCAGGUCACAUCGGUUGCCUCUAGCAAUUCUGCCGCAGCGGAGAACGACGACGAUGCUCUGAUACGGAAUGAGUCGCGUCCACUGCAAGGACUGCUGCAGCAGCUGACAGAUCUGCAGCUCUUGCACACCAGAUACCGCUUUCCAAUGAGCCUUGGUGAUUUCCUCUUGGAGAGUAAUCGGACACGUGUGUUCCGUUUGCUGGAGCGUGUGGCAGCAGUGGAGGUCAUUGAGCAGGCACUAACGCAACACAUCGUCCCGUACUGCCGACAAAACCUGCUCAAUUCUGAUCAGGUCUUACUCGACUAUAUCAAGGAUUUCAUUGCCAACCAUGGUCAUCUAUGGCGUAACUAUGCCGGCAGUACUGUGGCGGCCGGGACCAGUGCGCCAUGGGAGGCCAAGCUGCUUGCCAUUGUGCCACACAUCAAGACCAUGGAGUGCCGAGUCAGUGCAGUAUUUGAGUUGAUCCGGGUGGCUGCCUUGCCGUGGAGCAGUGCAAUGGAUACUCUUGUCAAGCAAGCCAUGACCUGGGAGCACUUGCGUCAUCGUGAAUUGCUCCAGCAAGUACGGACAGCACAGCUCUGCAGCAUGUUACAUCGCUAUGGCAUCAGCAAUGUGAAUCUGAAGCAAUCGGCCUUGGCCAAGGAUAUGCUGCGUCGCAUUGUGCACAGUGAAGAAGACACUUGCAUGGAUGAUGCCCUGGAGCUGGUUUCCGUCUUCCACAAUCUUGAUGCCAGGGAUGCGUAUGCUUACCGUUUGAAAUGGCUCUGUAGCCGGGACAAGGUGUCUGCUAUAUCAGAGCUAAUCAAGAGUCUCACUAUCAGCACCGCUGCAUCAGUCACCAAAGACUUUGUCCGGCGCUGCUUCAAUGUCAUUGAAACAUUCACGUUUGAUAAUCCCAAUGCAGAGCUGACUCAGAUUUACCAGAAGUGCUACAAACAACUAAUCUUGGCGGCAUGUGCGAGUCUGGAAGCCCUGUUCAGCUUUUCAAGCUACAGUGCACCACUGGACUUAGUGCACCACAUGGAUAUUCUCAUGCGCAUGCUGAAACUGUCGCAUGAGUUCAGCCUGCAUGCCAAGGCCAGUGAAUUCCUGUCGGAAGACUCGCGAGUGGGCCUGGUCGCCUGUUGGCUGCACACUUCCCAAUGGUCACUGUCUGGCGAUGCUUCUACGGACGAGAGCAGCUCCUUGGCCAUUCAGAAGGUACAAAGAUUGAGUCUUUUGCUGGAGCUGUCUUAUUCUACCGUACUACUGCAAUGUAUCAGAACCUGCUUGGAUAGUGAUGACUUAGUGGACGCGAUACGUCUGUGCAGAGCUCUGCUGGACUGUGAUGCGUCGCCGGGUGCAAUAUCACAACUUCAGCACGUUCUUCACUGUUUGCAAGACAAGGUGCUGCAGACCUAUCAGAGCGGGUGUAGAGGAUCGUUUGCUGAUAACACCACCGUCGAAACGAGCAACCUGGCUGAAGAAUGUCUGCAACUGUCCACUGACCUUCCAACAAGAUGUGCUUCAUAUGACAUGGUUGAUAUUUCUGCCCUGGCAAAGUCAGCGCGUCGCCUGUAUGAUCUCUGUAAAGCAUGCAGCACAACCUCGCAUAGUGUGUAUGAUUCCUCAUCGGAGUGGCAAUGGACGUCUGACAAUACUCGGACCUUUUCCAAGCUGAUUACUGGAGACACGUUUCAAGAGGAUUCUUUAGUGCUUUCACCAGCGGAAGUUCUACCUGUGUUGCAAAAGUUUAACCAAACAAUACUUCCAUCCACCACCACCACCACCACCACCACCACCACAGCCGUGGUACCUCGUCAGCAUUAUCAACUGUGUGUGCGGCCCUUUGAGCAGUCCGUUGCUGAAGACACUACACAGCACACGGCAACACCGGGCCACUUGGCCGCACUUAGCACUGCUGCGCAACAGAUGACGUCCGUAUUGGUCGCUAAUGGCUGUUGUCAGCUUGCUAUGAGUUAUGCUAGUGAGGCCCUGUACCAGUGCUUGGAGUGCUUUGCUGUCAACUACUGUGACAGCUGCAAGGACAAUGCUGUGAAGGAGGCCUUGGAAGACACGGUGGCCAUUGUGAUAAUGAAAGCUCCGAAAGUGAUUUCAGGACUCUGGGAGAACCUCCUGUCGAAGGUGCUGGCGUAUCGCACACUGGACUUGUCACUUGCACUGGGUUACAUGCUGCAGCUGCCAGCCAGCACAGUGUUCAAGGCUCUCAACCAAAGCCGCCUGAGCUCUCAUGGGGAUCACACACGCCUACAGGCGUUGGCUUGGCUUGGCUGGCAGUAUCUGAAGCUGGCAAUGGAGACGACGAGCCAGCGUGACGUACCGUCAAGUCCCUUCAAUGACACAGCCAUGCAGCAAUGCAAGAAGACGUACGAUCUGGCUACUUGGGGUGUUCGCUUGGCCAAGUACAGGAUUCAGCUUCCAGACAAUGCCCAUCAGGACCGUGCUAAGCAGAAGGAGGUACUGCAUCAGAUGCUCAACGAGCCGACCAUGGAGCUUUCUACACUUCUAGACUUCUGUCGAUACUUUGACUUCAAUCGUGAGCGUUUGCUUCAGCUGCGAGUUGAAGGCUGCAUUCUUCCUCAGCCGAACACGCAUGACAGCAGUCUGCCUGGGGCCAUGGCAAUUGUGAUGUCAGAACCGGCCACAACUGCUGUGCCGUCAGUAGAGGAACUGACAGCAAUUGCUCAGCAAGCAGCCAUGCAGAAGGACAUGUUGCAGGUUGUCUUUGAAGCUGUCCAGAAGAUUGAUCCCUAUGAUUAUGAACGGAUCUCGUGUGCAUUGUCGCUGUUGAAACGGUUGUGGCCCAAGGACGAGGAGAUGCCUGCAUCUAUCAAGCUGGGUCCACGACUGCUGGACAUGCUACAACACUAUCAGCGACGCUUUCCGCCGGGGCCGGCCGAGGUCAAGUACGUAACCAAGCCGGCAGGUGAUGAGAUCGACUUCUUGCAGCCAGCUAAGAAAAUGCCGGAGCUGUCCAGUAGCCGUCUACCAUUCCACAUGCUGUUGUUUGGCAGCAAUGCGCUCAAGAUGCUCAGCACUGAAGCUACUGUGGAGACUGUAUCGACGUUGGUACCUCUGGCAUUGCUGGUCAAGAUUCCAGCUGACCAACUACACAUGACAGCCAUUCAGAACACGGUCAAUGCUUACUUGGCUGCCAAGAAGAGGACUUCAUCCUGGCCGGCUGAGGACACCUCACCAUCACGCAGCAUGCUCACAUCCUCAUCAGCAUCUUCAUCGUCCGGACUGCUCUCGUCACUGAAGUCCUCUCUGUUUGCCAUCCAGGAUAUGAAGAAUGCUAGCGCCACCACUGCGUGGGUGCAUAGUCGCCUAGACAAAGGACCUGAAAAGCUUGAAGCAUUGAAUGUGUGCCUACAGCUAGCUGAGAACUGGGCCAGGACGGCUACAGUGCAGGAGUCCAUGAGCCAGGCAAACAAGAGUCACGGCAAGUUUCUUGUGCUCCAUAACCAACUGGCUGUGGAGUUGCUGCUGCAGCAGAUGACUCCGUACAGCCAGAGCGAGGUUGAAUCACUCUCGGCAUUGCCAGUUGAGCAGCUUAUUCUACAACUGUACCAGCAUGCCAGUAUCGCCUGGAGUGCACGGGGCCAAGUUGCUGCCGACUUCGAUAUUCACAGUGUCGUAGAUAAGACAUCUGCCAUUUACGACAUUGAUGGAGACAAUGUGCGCCUUCAGCUAGUCAAGAAAUGGCUGCCGACUGCAGCAAGUCGCCGUGACCAGACUGCCCUCUGGUCGCAACGCAACAUUAACUUUGCUGAAGAAGAGCGUGAAGACGAAGUCAACUUGCAAAGGGUCAUCUUUCUGCUGCUGCAUCCAGCCUGCAAUGAGAAAGGAGCUCUGUACUUGCUGCAGUAUGCGUACAAGGAGACGGCAUCGAAGAUUACAAACACGUGCAAGGCACGUGCCAUGCGAGUUCUGUUCGCUGUUGUACCCGACAUAGCUAUGCUGGAGCGCAUAAGUCAGCUCAAGGCCGAGGAGCUGUGGGCGUAUCUAUACUCACUGGUGUGUGUGGCGGAGCUGGACAGACUGCGUAUCUCGCAGUCGCUCAGCACCUUCCAGCACUGCAACAAGGAAGGUCUAGUGCGGGGUCUGCUCAAGAACCACAGCACGUCACCGCUGGCACUCCGGUUUGCAGUGGGAUUCAGUCUUGACCAUCAUCUCUACGAUGUUGCACUGUGGGGAGAUUUAUUGCAGCAGAUGCUCAAAUUGGAAAUGCUCAACGAUUUGCAGCAAUCUCUGAUCUCGGCAUCAUAUGUACCUCAGCUGCUCAAGAUUCCACGUCUGUUACAGUUGUGGCAGGCUGUGCUGACUCAACCCUUAGCUGACGCGCAUGCUCCAGUUACUGGUGACAUGAAGACAUCUUGCUCCAAUGUCCUGCACUUGUUGACACUAUGCCCACUGGUUGUAGACAUUGACACUGUGUCACUGACUAAUAACUACCUGCGUCUUCAGCUGCCGUGCCAUGCACUGUGCUGUGCAUUAGUUGCUGGCGGCAAGUCCCUGCUAGUCGAGGCCAUUGUGGAACAGAGCGGUGUGGCUGAGCUGACUGCUGACAUGCGUGUACUCAGUGAGGAUGGAUUCUCUCUGGCAGACCAAGCUCUGGUGUACUUGGAACAGUUGGAUGAAUCUCAAGGUCAAGAUGGUAUCUACUAAAAGAGAAGUGCUCACUUUAGACUUUAGACUCUUGUCAAGCUCCCAGCACCAGCCAUGCUGUUUUUCUACUUCGUAGUUUUUUGUCUGCCAAAUGGUCAUUUCCUUCCCAACCGAGCUAGUCUUUGUUCUUCAGUGUGACAAGCGGCUCAAGUAAGAGAGGAAGAAUGUGUGCGUGUGUGUGUGUGUGUGUUGUGUGUGUGUGUGUGUGUGUGUGUGUGUGUGUGUGUGUGUGUGUGUGUGUGUGUGUGUGUGUGUGUGUGUACGUGUGCGCACAUGAUGUAGGUAGGUCUUUUCGAAUAAUAUCUCCUUUUCGCGUUUCUAUGGCUUCUCGCUUUCCUUGGUUACCGAAUGCUUUACACAAUUUGUCUGCACUGGGUAUAAUAAUAAACGUGCAUAGGCAACU